UACGGUAUGCACUUUCCACAUAUUGGGAAGGACGGGUACCUGCUAAUCCAACUUCAGAGAAUGAAAUAGUCGAGUAUGCUCGUUUAAUGGCUGAAGUUAUGCUUAACUGGUGUCAAAUCACCAUUUUCCAAAUACAAUGGAUGGAAUAA